CAGGAUUGUCACUCUGAAGCCUAGAAUGUCAGUUGAGUCAGUUUGAAGUGGUGAAGACAGCUACAAGCUUGGCUGGGAGCUCUUUUUGUUCAGAAUAUCGUCAGGUUGAAUCAUCACUGGGUUUCGCCUUUAGAUGCAACGUGAUGAUAUUUCAAUCAACAGUUUCUUGAUGUGAUGGUAUUAUGAUUUAAUGGGAUGAUGAUGCUGCAAAACAUCAUGUUUCAUUGGGAUGUAAAUGAACCUAAAAAGCUGACUGCCCUAUGUGGGAAUUAUUAUUUUAUUAUAUAUAUUAUGAUUGUGCCUAGAGCCCCCAAACGAGAUUGGGACUCAUUGUGGCAGGCCCUGUCCAAACAUAGUGUGAUAGACAGUCUCUGCCCAAUAGCAUUCAUAAUCUAAACAGACAAGGCAGACAAAGCGUGGGGGAAAAGAAGUAUUAUUAUCCCCAUUUUACAGAUAGGGAACUGAGCUAAAGAAAGGUUAAGGGUACAAAUUUCAAAAGCACAUAGAUGGUGCUUGAGACUUAGGUUCUUAUGUCACUUUUGAAAAUGGCACUUAGAUUCCUCAGUGACAGAUAUAUUGGAAAAAAUUCCCCCAAUUUACUUGAAUAAAGUUAUAGUCAUAGAAUUGUAGGACUGGAAGGGACCUCCAGAGGACUAAUGGCAGGACUAAGCAGGACAAUGUGAGAUGAUGAGAUGUUAUUACACAUUUUUUGGAUGACAUGUUGAAGCAUGAGUUUAUUCAGUACAAAAAGACAUCAUCUGCACAGUAUACACACAAACAGUCAGAUUUUCAGAAAAGAAAAUACAGAUCUAAUCUGCAUACACAAUACAUAAAUUAGGUAAUUGCACAUGCAAAUUACGCCUAAUUACUGUUUGCAAUGCAUAUGCACUGCAACUGUUAUAAUUACGUGUACAAAGUAUUUACACCUUUUGCCUUCAUUUGUAUGCUAACUUUUUUGAAAAUCUGGCCUAAAAAGUACUUUUUCCAUAUGUAAAGUUCCACAAUCAGACAUACAGGCACAGACUUUCACACAUGGACCACACAAGGUUACAUGUGCAACGUUUUGCACAGGGGCACAUGCCAUUAAAGUUAUACAUAUGUAUGUACAAUUACUCAUUCACAAUUGCUGUUUAACAAUUGCACACGCAUACACACACGUCUGCACAGAUACAAGAAUACACGCAGACAAUCCAAGCCAUACACAAGCCUGCAAACAACUGCACAUUUGCAUACCGAGUCACAACUGCACACACAUACUCGCGUGCACAGUUACACACACGUGUGGCGGCGUGCACACAUUCAGACGACAGCUGCCUAGACAAUUACACACAGAUGUGACCAUGGAAGCAGAAGCACACAUGUGCACAACGCUGCGCUGCUGCCCGCAAACACAAAGGACGGGGGCACAUAGGCACAGUUACGCACACACAACAAAGGCACCCCGUGCAUCCAUGCGCACGAUUGCUGCCAUACACUUGUACACACACAGGCAUGCAGUGGCCCGAUCGCCUGUGAAUGCGCGCGCGCACACACGCACCUUGUGUACACACAGGCUUGUGCGGAGCAGCUGCACGUGGCCCGCAGCACCCACACGCCCAGUCGCUCCCACGCACACGCCCCUGACAGCUCGGGGACACCGGCCUGGGCGCCGUCGUUGCGCGCACACGCAGCCGCCCCCCGCCCCCGCGGUGGGCCGCGCGGGGCCGGUCCCUCGGCGGGGAAGAGAGACGCGGCGGAUCCGGGCUGCUCCCCCGGCUCCGCCCCGCUUCCCUCCCCCGCCGGCUCCGCCCCGGAGGCCGGCACGCUGGCUCGCUCCCUGCCUGGGAACAUGGCUGAAGUCGGGGAGGACAGUAGCGGGGCCCGGGCCCUGCUGGCGCUGCGCUCGGCGCCCUGCAGCCCGGCCGCGGCGCCCCCUCCCGGGCCGGGGCUGCCGGGACCCGCCGCCGCCGCCCCGCCGGGCCCGGCCCUGGCCCGCCUGCAGGGCCGCGAGUUCGAGUUCCUCAUGCGGCAGGCGGCCGUCACCAUAGGCCGCAACUCCUCGCAGGGCUCGGUGGACGUGAACAUGGGGCACUCGAGCUUCAUCUCCCGGCGCCACCUGCAGCUCAGCUUCCAGGAGCCGCACUUCUACCUGCGCUGCCUCGGCAAGAACGGCGUCUUCGUGGACGGGGCCUUCCAGCGGCGGGGCGGCCCGGCCCUGCAGCUCCCCCCGCAGUGUACUUUCCGAUUCCCUAGCACAGUCAUAAAGAUCCAAUUCACAUCUUUAUACCAUAAAGAGGAAGUGAAGGAGGAAGCUUCAUCACCUCCCCUUCGGCCGCUUUAUCCUCAGAUAUCACCUCUGAAGAUACACAUUCCGGAGCCGGAUCUCCGGAGCUUGGUCAGCCCCCUGCCCUCCCCCACUGGCACUAUCAGUGUUCCCAACUCCUGCCCGGCCAGUCCACGUGGUGCUGGAUCCUCAGGAUAUCGCUUUGUUCAGAACAUUACCUCGGACCUGCAGCUGGCAGCAGAGUAUGCAGCGAAAGCGGCAUCAGAGCAGCAGGCAGACGCAUCUGGCGGGGACAGCCCAAAGGAUGAGUCCAAACCACCAUAUUCAUAUGCUCAGUUAAUUGUGCAGGCCAUAUCUUCAGCCCAAGACAGGCAAUUAACACUAAGUGGGAUCUACGCCCAUAUCACCAAGCAUUAUCCAUAUUACAGGACUGCUGACAAAGGCUGGCAGAACUCCAUUCGGCACAACCUUUCCUUGAACCGUUACUUUAUCAAAGUUCCACGCUCCCAGGAGGAGCCUGGAAAGGGCUCCUUCUGGCGAAUCGACCCUGCCUCAGAAGCCAAGCUAGUCGAACAGGCAUUCCGAAAACGGAGACAGAGAGGGGUGUCUUGUUUUCGAACCCCUUUUGGACCCCUCUCCUCCAGGAGUGCCCCUGCCUCUCCUACUCAUCCCGGCCUGCUGUCCCCUCACUCUAGUGGCCUACAGACUCCAGAGUGCCUGUCCAGGGAGGGCUCACCCAUUCCACAUGAACAUGAUUUUGCGUCAAAGUUAGCCUCUGUUCCAGAGUAUCGAUAUUCACAAAGUGCGCCUGGAUCACCUGUCAGUGCCCAGCCGGUGAUCAUGGCUGUUCCUCCCCGGCCAUCCACUUUAGUGGCAAAGCCGGUAGCUUACAUGCCAAUAGUGACUUCUCAGCAGCCUUCUGGUCAUGCAAUCCAUGUAGUGCAGCAAGCACCCACUGUUACAAUGGUCAGGGUUGUAACCUCCUCCUCAAGUUCUGCUAACGGAUACAUACUGACAAAUCCAGGCCCAGGUGGCGGUGCUCACGAAGCAGCAGGAACAGUGCUGGAUCUGGCUGGUGAUCAUCGAGGUAGUCUGUUUCAUUUCCCUCCCUACUUGACAAAGGAAGAUUUGUCUGGACUUGUAGGGUUUUUCUGCACACCUAUUUCACGCCCUGGGUGUUUAGCCGUUGACAAAAGAGGCAUGGAUGAGAAACCAACAAUUGCGUUUGCCACAAUACCCACUGCCAGUCGAGUCAUCCAAACAGUUGCCAGUCAGAUGGCUCAAGGUGUCCCAGGGCAAACUGUUACCAUCCUUCAGCAGGCAACUCCAGUGACCAUUGGACAACACCAACUACCUGUUCGUGCGGUGACACAAAAUGGGAAGCAUGCCAUCCCCACCAACAGCAUCACCGGCAGUGCUUAUGCUCUCACAAAUCCGCUACAGCUCCUUGCAGCCCAGGCUAGCUCAUCCACUCCCGUUGUGGUCAGCCGGAUAUGUGAGGCAGCGACUGAAGACCCUGCAGCACCCUCGGGUGAGCCAGAUGUCAAAAAACCCCGGAUGGAAGAAUCCAGCGGAGCAGUCCAGGCUCAAACUGGAGUCAUCACAUCAACAGCGCCUCAAGGACAGGCAACCAGUGAAUGACGAAUGACGAUAGUAGGAAUGUAGGUGGGGCAGUGGCAUGAGCCUCGAAAGCAGUUUUCAAAGAAAAGAAAAACCACAACUGUAACAACAGUUCGAAAUUUAGAGAAUUACAAGCUCUUUUUAAAAUUUACAUUUUAAAGGGCAGGUCAACAACAGUUCUUAGAAUCUCGAGGUGCCAAAAAGAAUGAAAAAAAUCCUCCCAACUACCUGUACCUGGAACUCAGUUCUGCCUUUACUUAUGGAAUAUUUUCCCUCUUUUUAGAUUUAAAAAAAAAAUACAGACAACUGAUUGUA